UGAAAACAUAUUACAAAUAUUAAUAACACUAUUUUUACAAAUCUAGUUCAAUUAAAAUUUUUUAAGCUAAUAAUCUAAUUGUAUUUGUUUACAAAUAGUUGAGGGGCCAUUUAUCUCUUUUUUCUUUUUUCUUCAUUUUUUGUUAAAAAAAAAAAAGAAUACAAAUGGUCAAAUAGACAUGGGACUUUUUGUUAAAAAUGUAUAAAUAGUCGUACUUCAUUUACGAAGUGCCUUAAAUUUUUGGCGACAAAGCUUCCGGCGAAGAACCUCCCAAGCCACCAUAGACGAAUGCCAGUGACAAAGCUGUCACUGAAAAGAGCUUAGGCGAUGAAUUCUUAUCUCCUAUAUCAUUUGCUUUUUGGGGUUUUUUGAUUAGUUGAUUUCAAGAUUUUUCAGCCCCGACCGCUGAACGGAGAAACCAUGGCAUCUCGAACCUUGGCAAUCCAUCUUUUCAGGAAAGUCCGAACCAUCCAAUACGGGUCGCCCCGCCUCUUGCACCACGGGCCAGACACUGUGGAGGAGCUUCUCGAUAGGCACAUCGUCAAGGAGGAGAGGAAGAGUCUCAACGGCGACGAUAAUGAAAUUUUGACCCGCCAGCGGCUCACCAGCACUCGCCGCGAGGCACUUAGUCUCUACAGGGACAUCAUCCGGGCUACCCGGUUCUUCAUGUGGCCUGACUCCCGAGGCCUUCUUUGGCGUGAUAUUCUUAGAGAGAAUACCCGGAAGGAAUUCGAGGAGGCCCGAUCCGAAAGGGACCCGGAAGUUAUCACGCGUUUGCUGAUUGGGGGUCGCGACGCUCUGCAAUCUGCGCUUGAUAAACUUGUUGAGAAACAGAAGCAAGAGAUCCAGAAGCAACAAGGCAAUUCAAAAUCUUCUCCAAUUUUGUGGUAUUGAUAUUAUGGAUUUGGAGGGUAGGAAUUGAAAUCACUAACAUUGACAUUGCUUGCUUGCCAAUUUUUACUUGCUGGGAAUUGCCAAAUUGGUGUUGGAAGAUGGGAGGAAAUGCAUGUAGUCAUUUCCAUACUUUAUCCCCAGAAACAAAAUUGAUUCCUCCUCCCUUCCCUUUCUUUGAAUUACAUCUCCAUUUAUCUUACCAUUCCCAACAAGUUAAAGUAAUUCAAAGAAAAGCAUCAACUUAGAAUUUCCCAUGAAUGGAAUCUCAGAACAAGCAUGCUAUUUUAGGUUAUGACUCUCAUUGGAUUCAGACAGCAGGUAACUCGGGUCAGGGUCAAGUUUAUUGAUCUCGAGAACAGAUUUAUUAAGAGGAUAUGGGGAAUGUGAGGGGAUCAAUGAGAGAGGUUGAUCAUUUAUGUCCUCAUUUUGCUUGAGUUUGAGUCAGAGGCCUGGAGAUUGUAGUGAUGCCAAUGGCUUUAUCUCUCGAAGCCCAUUCGAGGGUUUGAAUACUUUCGAUGCUUUAAUAGCAUUUUUUAAUGUAAUUGUAAUUAGUUUCAUAUGUUGCUUUGAUUAAAUGAGUUAUAAUUGUUUUCUUAUUAGUUUGGACAAGUGUUUAAAGUGUUGGUACUAAAUUGAAUGGGAUUGUUAUGUGAUUUUCUUGCAA